AUGAAAGACUACCAAGAUUGGUUCCAGGACCAGGGCAAGGUGGGGGUGACGUUCAACAUUGGCACGGUGGACAUCAGCGUGAAGGAGCUCACCACCGACAUCAACGACGGCAAGUACCACCUGGCACGCUUCACUAGGAACGGGGGCAACGCCACACUGCAGGUGGACAACUGGCCAAUCAACGAGCACUUCCCCACAGCUCACAGCGACAUUGAGCGCUAUCAAAUGGCAAACAAGAAAAUCCCGUUCAAAUACACCCGGCCGGUAGAGGACUGGCUCCAGGAGAAAGGACGUCAGCUGACCAUCUUCAACACCCAGGCUACCAUCUCCAUCGGGGGGAACGACCGCAAGCGCCCAUACCAGGGCCAGCUGUCCGGCCUGUACUACAACGGCCUGAAGGUGCUCAACAUGGCGGCUGAGGGGCACGCCAACAUCAAGAUCAACGGCAGCGUGCGUCUGGUGGGCGACGUGCCCGUCAGCCGGGGGGCAGCGAGGACCACCACCUCCGUACCCCCGGAGAUGUCCACCACCUUCAUCGAGACCACCACCACCCUGUCCACCACCACCACCCGCAAGCAACGCUCCCCGCCCACCAUCCAGACGACGGACGACAUUGUGUCUUCAGCGGAGUGCUCCAGUGACGACGAGGAUCUGGAGGAGUGUGACUCUGGACAUGCAGGAGAGGAGUUAGUGAUCCCCAUACUGGUAGAGGACCCCCUAGACACCCCUCCCGUCUCCCAACCCUCCCCCUUCAUCCCCCUCCCUCCUACCCUCCGCCCCGUCCUCACCAUUAUCGAGAUCACCCAAGAGUCCCUGCCACUGGCCACUGAGGCGGGGCUACCUUGCUUGUCGGACCGAGGCAGCGAUGAUUGUGAUGGUGAUGAUGAUGAUGAUGAUGGCAUGGUGAUUUCGGGGUUUGGCUCUGGUGAAGCUUUCGACUCUAGCCUGCCCCCGACUGACGAUGAGGAUUUUUUCACCACCUUCUCCCUGGUAACAGAUAAGAUCUUGACCACAUCGGCCUAUGAAGGAGGCUACAAAGCUCUCGCACCCAAGUGGGAGGCCAAGGACUUGAGGCCUAGCAAAGCCUCAGAGGCGGGUAGGACUACCCCCGCCCUGCCUCUGCCUGAUCCCAGGGGCACCGUGGUGGCGCCAGUCCCCUCAGACACGCCGCCCAAGUUGCCCGCCGGUAAAAUGAACAACCGUGAGGUGAAGCCCCUCCAGCCGGACAUAGUCCUGCUACCCCUCCCCACGUCCUCCGACCUGGAGGGCACCAGGCCGCGGGGGCCCCUCGUCACCUCGCCCAUGCUCCGCACCGUGCCUGCCGCCCUGCCCACCGUGCCUGGUGUACGGCGGGUGCCCCCGGGCGCCUCCGAGGUGAUCCGGGAGUCGAGCAGCACCACGGGCAUGGUGGUGGGCAUCGUGGCAGCGGCCGCGCUCUGCAUCCUCAUCCUCCUCUACGCCAUGUACAAGUACAGGAACAGGGACGAGGGCUCCUACCAGGUGGACGAGACCAGGAAUUACAUCAGCAACUCGGCGCAGACCAACGGCGCAGUGGUGAAGGACAAGGCGCCGAGCGCGGCCAAGGGCACCAGCGUCAAGAGACCAAAAGACAAGGACAAGGAGUACUAUGUGUAAGGACAAAAAUAAUAUAAAGGUCCAUCAUUCCCAACGACAUUUAAGAAAAAAAUUAUGUAACGAAACUGGUUGGAAUUUAAAAACAAACUGUUGACAGUACCAUAUUGGGAGCUGCGAUUUCAAACCGGGGGAGGGAUUCCUCUGUGAACUCAAUGAGUCGUCGAACAUUUUCAAACGUAACUGUGACUUGUUGAAACUUUCUUGCUGAGGUGACUGUGACAAAGUAGCUGAUAGGGACGAUGCAGAGAUAUCCUGCCUACCCCAGUGACGUAGUCCAAACGACAGUGUAAGAUAUUUCACUGGUCACACGGCUGCCCCAGAGACUGUUAGGAGGUGUGUGAUUGUUGGCGUAAACAACCGUGUCCGUUGUAACCCCUGUAAAAUACAACCACCAUCAUUUCGGCCAUUUCUGCGCUUGCAUGUGAGUUGUAUGUGACGUGCAGGCAUUUGUGUAAGUGAGGGACCUGAAGAAUUAUGAUUGUCAGAAAAAUGGAAAGACUAAACUUUAGUGUCCAAGGGAAGGCUUUUCAGUACGUGUUGCCAGUGACAGUGUGAGGUAAGCUGUUUGUUGACAUGGUGUCUUUCCUCGAUCGAGGCAUAGAGAGGGAUGAGACUUUGUCGCUGCUGUCCACACAGUGCUCAACAAAUGCUCAGAGAGAGGCAAAAUAGCAAUGUAUCUCAAUUUGUCUUUAUUUUUCCUCCCGAUCUCACAUACAGAUUUGAUUGCUAUGCAUGACGUCCAAAUUCUAGGUGGUGCUCAGCCAUGCUGGAGAGGAUUCACAAAAUGGCAAAAUGCAACAUUGUUUUAUAUUGAACUUUAGAUUCCCGCUAUAACAUUUUCUUUCUCAGUUUUCCCCAAAGACCUCCAGUUUUAGCCAUUUAUUACGUCCUGUUGGUCCCGUUUUCCCAUCUCUGGAUCUUACUGACAGAUACUACAUCAUCAUUUCUGGAGGUCUGCUACAGUAUUGAGACCAAGAGGCAGAGGAUUCACCCCGGAAUGAGGAUAUUGUGAAUUGUAUCUGUUGUCACAGUCAACUGUGUCGAAAACAACAAAUAUGUUUACAUAUUUUAUUACAUCAUUAGCCGUUGUAAUUUGCCGCUCAAUAUUGUACAUAACAUUUGAGUUUCCGUUGUUAUUUUUUAUUUAUUGUACAGACACUCAUUUAGUGGUGUAGUACACGACAGAAAUCAAACCUUUGUUGUUGGGAGAAGCUGGGUUAGAGCGUUGUACGUAUUUGCAUAUUUUAUAAAAGACAGGAGGAAUAUGUUUUAGGUUAGAAAAUCUAGUCUUUCUGGAUGGUGUUUCUUCGCAUGGAUAUGUGACUACCGGGAGUUGUCAAUGAACUAGAAAACACCCCUCCCAAAUAAUGUAUUGGGGAUUCCUUGAUUCUUGAUUACUUUAUUGUAAUUUUUUUUUCAUUUGAGAUCAAUUGGCAAGGAAAAUAAAGAUGCUGAAGGAUUUGGAGACCCAUAGCUGGCACCUUACUGACAUACAGGUGUGGUUUAGUUUUUUAAAUUGUGAUGUCUAUGUUUCUCUCUCUGUUUUUAAAUGUUAUUUUACAUUUGUGUUUCUCUGUUGCUUGUGCAGGUUCAUUUACAACUUUCUCAUUUUCUGACAGUUUGUGGCUGGAAGUUUUUUUAUUAUUUAUUACACAAAUUAUUUAUCUGUUACAUUUUCAUUUUGCGUUCAUAGCAAAUCCAGUGUGUACAUUCAUUUAUUUUCUGUGUUGUUAACGCUUUUUAAAUAAUUUAAUUACUGUUUUUGCUCCUUUGACUCCAGACAAUUCCCAGCAAUAAAAUGUUCUCCCCAAAGUGUUCAAUGGUACGCUGCGUUC